AUGAUUGAUGCAGGAAGUACCGGCUCUCGUAUUCACGUUUAUCGCUUCAAUAAUUGCGGACCGACACCAGAACUCGAAGACGAAGUGUUCAAAAUGACCCCGAAGAAAGAAGGUGGAUCCGGUCUCAGUUCGUACAAGGAAGACGCCGAGGGUGCCGCAAAGAGUCUCGAUGUGCUCAUGGACGUUGCCAUGGCAAAUGUUCCUGAUGAGUACAAGUCGUGCACGCCGGUUUCCGUGAAAGCCACUGCAGGUUUGCGCUUGCUUGGAGAAGAUCUUAGCAAAAACAUUCUGCAGGCCGUGAGACAUCGUUUGGAGACUGUCUAUCCAUUCCCUGUCGUCUCGGAUGAAAAGGGAGGCAUACAGAUCCUGGAUGGAAGUGACGAGGGUGUUUAUGCUUGGAUCACCACCAACUAUCUUCUUGGUAAGAUUGGUGGUCCUGACGAUACGCCCACUGCUGCUGUUUUCGAUCUCGGCGGUGCCUCGACGCAGAUUGUUUUCCAACCGACCUUCGACAGCCCAUCUGGUGGUAUGCCAGAAAAGCUUGCCCCGGGUGAUCACAAGUACGAAUUGCAGUUCGGUGGACGGGAAUUUGACCUUUACCAGCACUCUCAUCUUGGAUACGGUCUCAUGGAAGCCCGUUCUGCGGUUCACAAGUCCAUCGUGGAAGCUAAAUUGGCAACCAGCCCUACUGAUCUGUCCUGGUUGAAUCGGCCAAUUUCUAACCCUUGUAUCGGUCCUGGAAUGCAACGACAGGUCAAUCUUACCUUUCCCGAGGGCCAUGCUCUAGCACCCAAAGUCUCGGUUACGAUGACUGGACCUAAGGAACUGUCCGCACCCGCUCAAUGCCGCGGCAUUACCGAAAAGAUUUUGCACAAGGAAGCUGAUUGUAAAUUGGCCCCUUGUUCAUUCAACGGAGUUCACCAGCCUUCUCUCGAAAAGACCUUUGCCAAGGAGGAUGUCUACAUCUUCUCUUACUUCUACGACAGGACGAAGCCACUCGGAAUGCCAGACUCUUUCACUCUCCAUGAGCUACAGCGUUUGACCGAGAUAGUCUGCGGUGGAAAGGACAACUGGGGUAUUUUCGAAGGUAUUGAAGGAGCUUUGGAAGAACUUGAAGGUCGUCCGGAGUCUUGUCUAGACCUCAACUUUAUGCUUGGUCUUCUUCACACUGGUUACGAGAUGCCUCUAUCUCGUGAGGUGAAGAUUGCUAAGAAGAUUAAGAAUAACGAACUUGGGUGGUGCUUGGGUGCAAGGUUUGUCUCCUUUGUUGUCAUUUCAUGGAAACUAUCGUACUGA